AUGGGUGAGCCUAAGAAGGAGACCGUUCAGAAAUGGACAAGCCAACAAGUCUCUCAGUGGAUCUUUGACAGAGAUCCCGAGUUCCAAAACAUGUUAGUAGAUGUGUUGAGUUGUGCUUUCACGGUUCUGAUUCAGUUUGUUUGCAAUCACAAACUUGAUUCCUUUUCUUCGCAUGAUCCCAGUGCCGAUGCCUUCAACUAUCACAACAUCACCGGCGAAAUUCUUCUUGAGCUCAAGGAGUCAGAUUUCAUGAAGAUCGUACACGAUAGACACGUGACGAUGAAGCAAGAGGCCGAGUUUCUGGAGCACCUCUCUAAGCUGCAACGAUACUUCAAGAAACCUAAGACUCGGCAGCGCGCAAGGCGGGGAGUCCCUUCGCUUCCGAUGCUUCUCGUCAACGCCAUCACUUUUCGAUUUGCCGACACCAGCGAGGGGAAGGAUGUGGCUGGGAUGAAGAACAUCUUCUAUGGUUCAGCAUACUCGGUUUUCUGCAACACAGAUGCGAGUAAGCGGCAGAAGCUUCUCGUGCACGUGGGACGAGCUCUGGCAGUUUUCUACGCGUUUGCUGGGAUGUGCUCGAUCUGUUUGGUUCUGUCCACGAUCUUUGCCGUAGUUCAGAUCAUCAUGAUCUACGAGAUGAGCGAUGACGUGGAGCUAGAGGAGUUCCUCGAUCUGAUCGACCAGGAUGUUCAGCUGCCCGGUAUGUUCCUCGUCGCUGGGAUUCUUCUCAUCACUGUCCCCGUCACCAGCUACGUGAUCAUGAACUCCAUGGUGAGUGGGCGAUUCCAAGUCGCGCAACUCUGA